CCCGGUCUGGGGGGUGAAGUGCUCUCAUCAGCUGUAAACGUUACGAUCAUUCACAGUAUUAGUUCAGAAGUACAUGUCCUCUUUAGUCAUACACAGCAGUGUCAGCACACCUGAAAACAAUUUCAGUAUUUGAAGAAUAAAGCUUGCUAGGUAGUCAGACAGUUGUCGGUAACGUGCAUGUUGUUGAGACGCCGGUGAAGGGACCAUCAUAUAAUUGUAGUGCGCUAGCUAACAAACGCCAGCUACUGUAACAGACAAUCUGCGUGGAGGUGGAAUUGGUUACAAAAGAAAGCCUAGCAAAUGCUGAGAUGCACAGACGUGGAGCAAUGUAUCGAAAGUAGCUAACCACUGUCACUGUUCGCCAAGGUGUUCAGUGAACAUUGUUUUCCUGCAAAAAUGAAAACGCCAGGGACCUUUUCCAGGUCUUUUUGUCACCUUUCUCCUGUCACCCUGGCCACGCUGGAGCCGCAGAGCAAGGAGGAGCCGAGCCUCAGCUGCACGGUGACCGCCACAAAGGCUGGCUCCGCCCCUAGCCCUCAGAGUGAGGCGGUGGCCAAUGAGCUGCAGGAGCUGUCACUUCAGCCCGCCCCCUGUCUGCUGCCUCUGAGAGAAAGGAAGAACGUCCUCCAGCUCAAACUUCAGCAAAGACGAACCCGGGAAGAACUGGUCAGCCAAGGGAUCAUGCCACCGCUGAAAAGUCCUGCUGCCUUUCACGAACAGAGAAGGAGUCUCGAGCGAGCACGGACUGAGGACUACCUGAAGCGGAAGAUCAGAAGUCGGCCAGAGAGAUCAGAGCUGGUGAGGAUGCACAUCCUGGAAGAGACGUCUGCAGAGCCCUCGCUCCAGGCCAAGCAGCUGAAGCUGAAGCGGGCCCGCCUGGCGGACAACCUUAACGACAAGAUCUCCCACAGACCCGGCCCCAUGGAGCUGAUCCACAAGAACAUCCUGCCGGUCCACUGCAGCCUCAUAGAGACAGAGUUUCCGAAGGGGGCCGGGGAGAGCUCUUCACCCGACGAGGACAGCAGCGAUGCCCUCUCUCCAGACCAGCCUGCCUGUCACGAUUCGUCCCCGGGCCUUGCCUCCCUGCCUUCGCCCCCAGACAUAUUUGGUCACAGCAACAACACCUCCCCAACACAGGCCCCACCUACACUUCCACUCCCCAUCUCUGAUGUGUCCCCACCACAGAAGCUGACCAAUGGGACAGCCACACCUGGGGGGGCUCGACCCCCAAUGAUCAGGUCUAAGUCCACUUCUGAACGACGCUCCAAGAAGCCCAAGGAGAGUAAGCCCAAGGUGAAGAAGCUCAAGUACCACCAGUACAUCCCCCCCGACCAGAAGGCAGAGAGAGAGCCGCCCCCACAGCUUGACUCCUCCUACGCCAAGAUCCUGCACCAGCAACAGCUUUUCCUGCAGCUCCAGAUCAUCAACCAGCAGCAGCAGCACUACAACUACCACACCAUCCUGCCCGCCCCACCCAAGUCCUCAGCAGAUCAGCAACCUUCCUCGGGUAGUGGCCAUUCCCCAUCUCGGAAUGGGACCACCUCAACCCAGUCCUCGUCCAAUCAAAAUGGGCUAAAUCGUCAAAGUCAUCUUUCUAUUGGAGGAACAAAACCAGGAACUUUGCCUCCUAACCUGGAUGACUUCAAGGUGACUGAGCUGAAAUAUGAGCUCAAACUACGGGGCUUGCCCGUGUCGGGCACCAAGAUUGACCUCAUAGAGAGGCUGAAGCACUACCAGGAGCAGAUUGGGGGUGGAGGGGCAGCAGGGAGUGGCAGCUUGAAGAACAAGCCACCUCAACAGCAUCAGUCAACCCAGCAUGCAGGCUCCUCCCCUACCCAGGGAGGGGCUAUUGUUAUUUCCCAAUCAGGGGAGGGCAGUAGAAUGGCAGCAAGCACCCCCUUCAUGACUGGUGGAGCCCAGACUGGAACUAAACUUCCCAUAAUGCACUUUGGCAGCACAGGUUCCUCACCGCCUGUAUCACCUACCCCUUCUGAUCGCUCGGUGGGUGGGAUGAGCCCAGAUGAGACCAGCUGUAAUGGAGAUGUGUUUGGGGAAAUGGUCAGCUCUCCCCUCACCCAGCUAAACCUCCACCCUUCGCCGCUGAAAGAGGAGAACGGAAGUCAGACACUGGUCACCUGCCGCUUCUCCCAGCAUGCUCCACAGACGGCGGCUCAGAGGCAGGAGGCCAGGCUGCUCUCUGUGAUUGGCUCUGGGGCGGCCACUGCAACGUCCCUGGACAAAGACCAGAUGCUGCAGGAGAAGGACAAGCAGAUCGAGGCGCUGACCCGCAUGCUGAGGCAGAAGCAGAAGCUGGUGGAGACCCUGAGGUCGCAGCUGGAACAGGGCAAGCUCGGAGGGGGGGACAUUUCGGAGGUGCUGAGGAACCCGGAAAAGGACACGGGGGUGAAAGACGAGCCCUCCGAGAGCCAAAUGGACUCUGCAGUCCUCUCUCCCAGCGUCACAGAUGGAGAUGCCUUCGGAACGGUGGUCAAAGAGGAGGUCGAGGAAGAAAGGGAGGAGCUGAGUGAGGGGGAAGGAGAAGAGGUGUGGCCAAAGGCACAGUCAGGGCAGAACACAGAGCUGCAAAUUCAGCAGCAAAUGCAGGCAGAGCAGGAGCAGCAAAAACCAGAGGAGCAGGACCUGCAGCCGCAGGUAAUGCAAGCACAGCAGCGACUGCUGCAGAAUCAGCAGAACCAGAUACUGUCGCACCCAGAAAGGCGGGAGAAGACGCAGAAGCAGACACAGGUGCAGUCACUGCAGACUUCCCCCAUGUUCCUCAAUUCACAGUCUGGCUCCUCCCCCUCUUUCUCAUUGGACCUCCUCAAGACACACCCGACGCCAACCCUGUUGACAGACAGCAAUGGCAACCGCUACCUGAUUGCAGUGACCAAUCACAGUGCAGAAGGCCAGCUUAAUGGCUCCCAGCAGGGAAAAUGUAGUACUCGAAUUACACUACAGAGAAUGCACUCCACUCCCGGCAAGAUCCCUGUGCAGUCCACAUCUCAGCUGGCCAGCACCGACACCCAAUCAGAACAGCACCUGCAACCAGGUGUCAUCGCCCAGACGGUCAAAAAGGGUCAAAAAGCAGCACCACAAGUGUUGACCAGCAGCUUGCAGGAGGGAUGCUCCCUCUCUGCCCCGCCCAGUCUCCAGCCUUUCUUUCUCAGUGACGACACAUCGGGAGACCACACCCCCUCCUCUCCCACGCACAAACUGAUGGGGAAAGUGCGUUCAAGUGUUGACCAGCACACGCUGUUCAGACCUCUCUCCCCAACCCCCAGCCCCCAGACCUCAUGCUCCAAGCAGUGUGGCAAGGGGAAUGGGUCCUGUAGCCAGCCCAUGGAUGAUCUGUUUGACAUUCUGAUGCAGAGUGCAGAAAUUUCAACUGGCCUCAAAGCAGAUCCUGACCCCUCCCUGUCACACCUUCGCCCUAACACCCCACCAACCUCCCCUGCCCCCUCUCCAAACCACCCCUCACCCUCAACCCCUCGUGAACCUGUGACCACCCAGCAACUUGCAGAGGAAGUUCAGACAAGGCCCAGCAGAGAAGGUGGUGGAUCAAGCACAGGAAGUGGCCGUCUGGAGGACUUCCUGGAGAGCACCACGGGCACACCGCUCAUAGGGGUGGAGCCUGAUGGGCCUCUGACUUUGAUUGACGAUCUCCACAGCCAAAUGCUGAGCACUUCUAGUAUCUUGGACCAUCCCCCUUCUCCUAUGGACACCAGUGAUUUGGGUUUAACCCCCCACCACCCAGGACUGGAUUUCGGUGAUCCUGCUCUUGACAGCAUGGACUGGCUGGACAUCACCAUGGGCGGAGGUAGCGGCGGGGAGACAGGACUUACCCCCCUCGGCUCUCACAUGCCCCCCAGCAUUUUUUCAGCAGACUUUUUGGACAGCUCUGACCUGCAGCUCCAGUGGGAGUCCUGCUUGUAGGCAGCUUUGUACUCUCUCACAGACACACUCAGUCAUGUACAGUCUCUCCCAGACACACUCUCUUACAUGCAGCCGCUCAGUCUAAAGUUACAGAUACACUAGGUUGUAUACAGACUGUCUCUCACAGACGCACUCACAUACUGGUUUUCUGACAGAUACACCGUCAUCUGUAAUCCACAGGCAUUUUUUCACAGGCACGCUUUGACAUGCACAGGCAUUUUUUCACAGGCACGCUUAGGCAUGCACAGGGUCUCACACAGACAAGCUUUGUUAUGUACAGUACAGAAUCUCUCACAAACCUGCUUUCUCAUUUAUAGCCUAGAAACACUCGGACUCCUCUCAGACAGAUACAUACAUUCGUUUAUCAGCUUCCUCAGACAAGCUCACAGAGAUUUAUCCACCCCCUUGAUAUUGCGCACAUAUUGCACUGAAUCCAAUCAUGUAACCUUACACUACACAGAGAGGAGGGGUGGUCUAUCAUACUGUCCCUUUGCCUCUGUGUCCAUAUGGCACUGAAUAUUAGAACCCUCUUUCAAUCACUAUACAGGAUUGUACUGUAUCAGUACCCAGUACAGAGACCGGAGGUCUCUUUUUUUUUUUAAAUGUCUCUAGAAGCCACACUGUGAUAUAUACCCACUUUAUUCACUGUAAAACACAUGAGACAUAUGUUUAUUUUAUAUUAUCUGGUAAUACCCUCAUUCAGAAAGAAUUCAGCAGUACACCAUUGUUGUUGUACUGAGUUAUUGACCAAUGGUGUGUGAUGCUUUGUUGGGUUAUGAAAACCUUUGUCACUACCUUCCUAACACAUUAUGAGGUCCGCCGAGCCCAGCGGAGUCUAGUCAUUUGCAUUGCAUUGCAUUGUAUUUAGCUACAGUAGAGAAUGUAUCCUGUAUCCCGUAUCCUGAAUGUAUCGAUGUAUGCAGAUGCACACUGCUGACAUGGAUAUGUUGGGUGAACCCUUGGUGAGCAACAAAGGCAACUACAAGCAGUGGAAAACACAUUUAGUUGUUUUACACUGAGCUGAACACAUAUUUGGGUCCCCAGAAGUCCAGCACCAGGAGGAGAGGAAAGGAGUGAUGCUGAAAGCAUGUCAACACCCUUUCACCUCCAGCAUCACUCUUCACAGUUUCCCUUAUGCUUGUGUCACACUGGCACUGAUUUAGUCAGAGCACAAUUUGUUAGCCAGGGAAUUACAGGUCUAUUUAUUUAUAUAUAUUUUUGUACUCACUGGCACCCCCUUGUGGUGGAAGAGUGUAAAGAGGGAAAUUUGGAGUAUUAGGAACCGUCUCCUCAACACUGCACUUAAGUGGGGCUUAAUCUGGGGUGCUAGUCUGAUAAACUUCGGGAUGAGAUGGGCUGUCUGCUUGAAAUGAACCUUCUGCAAUGCUGUAUUUGGGAUAUGUAGUCUAUCCAGUUUUCCUGAUUGUAUAAACUAGUGGGUGGGGAAUGUAUAGG